UGCCUGUACUUCCUCUCCCCUUAUUCUUUAAUGCUCUGUGAAUAGCCCUAUGGCUGUGGCUUUGUCCAAGUCAUUGUCAGUCGACUUAGCCUCUUUGCCAAGUGAGAGGAUUUGCAGACAUAUGUCACUUCAGUGAAUCUCCCAUAACUCCUUAAACUGAGUGGAGGGGUGGGUAAGAGGCGUUCACUACCGGAAAAAUAAGCAACGUGAAGAGACAGAUAAAGUGGGAUGUGCAGAGCUGGAAUGCUCUCAGUCUGUUCCUGUCUGGGGUUGCUGAACAUGCAUAGCACAGAUGGCUUUAAAAUGGACUAUCAGUAUGUUGCUGUUUGAAAAGCAUACACAGUUAAAAAAUCCCAGUAUUUCCUGUCUUACAAGUGUUGAAAGAUAUCAGCUGAUCUAGUGGACUAAUAUUGUGCCACCUAAGCUGGUGACACCUGCUCUACUGGUCAGUCUUCUGUCAAAGGUGGUGGGAGCGAUGAGGUUGAUGUGGUGCUUGGGCCUUGCUCUACUCUUGGCCUUGGCCUCCGGGGUCAGAGGCCUGGAUAUCCCCUUGGAUGAAGAGCAGCCACCAACCAUAACAGUGCAGACCCAUGGUCCUGUCAUUGCCUUACCGUCGGACAACAGUUUUUCCAUGAGAUGUGAAGCCAAAGGCAACCCACAACCAGUAUAUCGAUGGACAAAAGAUGGCCAGGAAUUAGAUCCCCUCCUCAACUUGGGGAUCAAGAAAGAGAGAAACAAUGGGAGUUUUGAGUUUCGUAGCAGUGCCCUUGCACAGUUCCAGGGAAAGUAUCAGUGCUACGCUUCAAACAAGUUAGGAACCGCAGUAUCAGAGGAAAUCAAACUCAUUGUGUCAAAUGUCCCAAAGUUCCCCAAAGAGAAGAUUGACCCCAUUGUUGUCGAAGAGGGACAACCUAUUAUUCUGGAAUGCAACCCACCACAAGGAAUCUCUCCACGACAGAUCUACUGGAUGUCUAUCAAUCUCCAGCACAUUGAACAGGAUGAGAGGGUGUCCAUGGGAAUGGACGGAAACCUCUACUUCUCCAAUGCCUUAUUGAAGGAUAGCCGAUCAGACUAUUGCUGUUUCGCCUACUUCUCUGCCAUACGCACUAUUGUCCAGAAGACGGCCAUGUCGGUGGUCGUCAAAAGCUUAAAACCUGCUGGUGACCUUAAUGAAAGUGACAGUAACGCCUACACCAUUCAACAGAGAAUUCCAAGACUUCUGACACCCCCUGGUGUUCAGUCAGAGGUAUUGCUGGUGAAGGGAGAGGAACUAGUGCUUGAGUGUAUUUCAGAGGGAUUUCCAACUUCUGUGAUGAAUUGGAAAAAAAUGGGUGAGGAGCUACCUAAACGGGCAGAAAUAAAAAAUUAUGGGAAACUUUUGACCAUUUCUAAAGUUGAAGAAAAGGAUAAUGGAAAGUACAGAUGCAAGGCAAACAACUCUAUCGGAGAUGCGAUCCAUGACUUCAUCGUCACGGUGGAGGAUCCACCAAGAUGGCAGCCGGAGCCACCCAGGGGCCAGUUGGCUGUUAUUGGGUCUGAAGUGAACAUCAAGUGCUCUGCUUCUGGAAAGCCAAAGCCAGUUAUCUCAUGGAGGAGGAAUGGACAGCCUCUAGACGAUGGUUCAUUGGAGAGGCAAGUGUUUGAUGACACUCUGGUGUUGCACAGGGCCAGACCUGAGGACAGUGCCGUAUAUCAGUGUGAAGCCUCCAACAGACACGGCACCAUCCUGGCUAAUGUUAACGUCAUGAUCAUGAAUAGCCCCCCUCGGAUCCUGACUAAGGAUAACCAGAGGUAUUUAGUAGUGCGAGGGAGGAAAGUCGUCAUGGACUGCAAAGUUUUCAGCUCCCCUCCAUCUGACGUUUCCUGGAAAAAGCAUGGCACUGUGGAAUCAGUUAAGGGGGAACGAUUCUCUUUUUUAAAGAAUGGAUCACUGCUGAUAAAUCAGACAGAGAAAGAAGACAGUGGUGAAUAUGUGUGUUCUGCCACCAGUUCAGAUAAGACAACAUCUAUCAAAGCUUCACUGGAUGUCAAAGAUGCCACCAAAAUAGUGGAGCAACCGCAGGACCAGCAGAUAAUACGUGGCACCACGGCUCAGCUUCCAUGCCAAGCUGAGUAUGACACGUCUCUCAGAAAGGACUUUGAAAUAGUCUGGAGCAAGGAUGAGAAUGAGAUAACCGCGUUCACAGAACAGUCCAGAUAUUCUCUGGUUAAUGGAACGCUACAAAUAAUCGAUGUAAACCGAAGCGAUGAGGGAGCUUACACAUGUAUCGCCAGAACCAAUCUAGAUCAGGACUCCGCCUCUGCACGUGUCACAGUCCUGGAUGUCCCUGAUGCACCUGAAUAUUUGGAGCUGUCUGAAGAAAAGAGCCGGAGUGUCCGCUUGGCCUGGGUACCUGGUGAUGCCCACAACAGCUCUGUUACUGAGUUCAUUGUGGAGUAUGAGGAGAACCAGUGGAAUCCUGGGACAUGGCGAGAACUCCAGCGAGUACCUGGAAACCAGAACACUGUGAAGUUGGCAUUACAGGGCAACCUGAACUACCAAUUCAGAAUGUGUGCAGUUAACGCCAUUGGGAAAGGGCCCCCAAGCAGGCCCACAGAUCGAUACAAAACCCCUCCUGCAGCUCCUGAUAAAAAUCCGGAAAACAUCAAAAUUGAGGGUCAUCUGCCCCAUCAAUUAGAUAUCAGUUGGGAGCCACUAUUGCCCAUGGAGCACAAUGGUCCAGGCCUGGAGUUCAAAGUGAGCUACAGGAGAGUGGGGCUAGAAUACAACUGGACAGAUCAUCUCGUCAGAAGACCCAGCAUUGUCGUCAAGAACACCCCCACGUUCGUCCCCUAUGAGAUAAAGAUUCAGAGUCGCAAUAGCCAUGGCUGGGGCCCGGAACCCAAAGUUGUAACAGGGUACUCUGGGGAAGACUUUUACGGGCGUAGGUCAUCAACACCACCGUUCUCAGAGUCAGCUGGACCAGGGUUGCCCCAGGCCACAGUGAGGGGUCAUCUGGGGGGCUACAAUGUGCACUGGGUAAGGAAACGGAGCCUGCUACAUUCCAACAGAAUUUCUGAGGAGAGUCAAUCCCUGACAUUCCCAGGGAACAGGAGCCAUGCCAUAGUCUCUGACCUGAAGCCCUUCUCGGAAUACAGAACUGACUGUGAACGUUCUUCCAACAAGAAGGGAAAUGGCCCAAGCAGCGAUGCUGUCAUCUUUCAGACUCCAGAAGGAGUUCCUGAAGAAGUGCCCAUUCUGACAGCAUCAAAUGCCCAGACUGACUCCAUCACACUGGUGUGGGGACCUCCCUUUGAGGCCAAUGGCAUCCUUACAGGAUAUCGCCUGCAGUAUCAACCCGUAAGUGAGACGUUGGAGGUAGGGAACAAGCAGGAGGUAAACAUCAGCGGUGCGGACACCACACAGUGGCUCGUUCAAGGCCUGGAAGAUAUUGGAGGGUAUAUGUUCUAUCUGAGCGCCUGCACCAAGGAAGGCUGCGGACCCCCACGCGUGGAGGAGGGUCACACCAUCACAGAAGCAAGGCAAAACUGCUCCCUCCUUCCUGCCAGCUUGAUUCCUACAAAUGCAACUCCUUCCUCUUAUGUCACAGCUCUGUUUAACAUAAGCUCCUAUGUGAGUGACACCUUUGCAAAAAUCAGUUGGACUGCCAAGGAUGAACAACAGGAAUCUGAGUUCUAUAUUUCUUAUAUGAAUAACCGUGAAAGUAACUGGAGGAUUUCAGAAGCAGUAAACACUUCUAAAGGUUUCCACAUGAUUGAAGGGCUGGAUCCUGGGACGAAGUACACUGUGCGUCUAGUGGCUAAGUCACAGCACAAUAAUGCUAGUAUUUUCGAAGAUGUUAUACAAACCAGGGUCAAAGAAUUGUCCAGUGUUCACGGGAGGGCGGCCAUUCAGCCCUGGAUCAUUGGGAUGAUGUGCGCUGUGGCUCUCCUCACAGUCGCUGUGCUCAUGGCAUGCUUUGUGUUUCACAACCAAAGUGGCAAAUACGCAGUCAAAGAGAGAGAGGAUCUACAUCCUGAAGUUGAGUCCCAGAGCAUGAGUGAUGACACCUCUGAAAUCAGUGACGAAAAGCCACUAAAAAGCCAUUCCCUGGAUUGGGAAGAUGGAACUAACAGCGACAGUGUGGACAGCUUGGUGGACUAUGGGGACGAAGAAGAAUCGUUCAACGAAGACGGUUCGUUUAUAGGAGAAUACUCUAGCCACAAAAAACCAGUCUCUUUAGCAGAAUCCAAUGGACAGCUGACUGCAUGAAAAUAUCAAUGCUGCCUUUGUAAAUCACUCAAGAAUCUGUGCGGCAGCAAAGGACAUUUAUUUUUUCUGAAUCAAUCACAAUUACCUAUGGUGCAUAUUUGUUUUGUACCUCCACAUUGCGAUGGAUUUUAUUUUUUACAUCCUUGUUGUCAAGAUAUGCCCUCUGCAGUUCCAAUAUAAAUACAUUACAUAAAUAUAUAAAGCAAAAAGGUAUACAGCAGAUAACAUAUUGGUGUAGGUUUUGUUUAGGAGGGAGAGCAGGUACAUUUGAUGGGGGACAUCACUGACCAUGUUCAUGUAAACUAAUAACCACAAAAGAAUACUUGUUUUUUAUACUUAAAAUAAAUCACUAUCAAACACCUGUUUGUGAAGCACUAUACUUUAAAAGUGAUUUUUCCUAUUGCUAAACAACACAGCAGCCUGAUCUUUUGGAACAAUAAGUUUAAAGGUUGACUUGUGUAGGU